AUGGAGGACAGAAUGCAAUUCGAAAUCAAUGAAUCACUCAAGUACUACUUGAGUGAUCCAUCUUCCCUUCCAACCCCCGACGCAGACCCGGAGCUUCUCGAUGCCGAAUCUGACCCGGAUCAGUUGUCGCCGGCGCUAAUCGAUAAUGUCUUGAACCCGAUCGUGGAUGCAGUGGCAGAGAAUCCAGAGGCCCUAAUGAGACCUUCAAUUUUUGAUUCCCUACAAUACCUAUUAAAGUGCGCACCGGUCCCUUCCCAAUUACCCCAUGGAGGCUUUCGUCCAUCAGGAAUCGACUCUGAACUUGUGAACCGUUGCAGAUAUACCACUUUCGUCCCCGUGAAAUCCCUAAGCAAACUACUCGACCUUAUUGUAUCCGGAUUAUCCGUCGAAGCAGAUAUUAUCAAUGGCGACCUCGAAUCCGACGAGCAAGAUGUCAUCCAACAACACAAACAACUCCUGGAAAUGUACGGGUUCCUGCUCCAGUGGGCUCUAUCCGCGGUGGAAGUCAAGGCAGCAGAAAAGCCCGCAGAUCCUGCUCCCGCGCGACGAGGAGGCCCCAAAUCCAAGAAGUCCGCCAAGGAUGGCCACUGGGAUUGGACUGGUCAGAUCCAGAUCUCUAUGGAGACCAUGUGCAAGGUGAUGAAACUCAAGUUAGGCCGUAUUUUUUUGACAACUUCAGACCGCGACACGUUUAUUAAUUUGUUCACCCGCACCAUCUAUUUGAUAUUGGAGAGCGAACAGAGAGUCAAGAGCAUGGCUAUCCGAAUGCAUGCCUUCAAAGUGCUCUGCAUUGCAGUGAAGCACCAUGGUCAUGCAUUUGGCGCGCAAACCUCAAUCGUUCAAAGUUUGACAUACUUUGAGCAUCUAUCGGAGCCCAUGGCCGAAUUCCUCCACAUCCUUGCGGAGCAAUACGACUACCCUCAACUCUCGGAUGAGAUUUUAAAGGAGCUUGGAAAUAAAGAGUUCAAUUCAAACGACACCCGUGGGCCGAAGUCUGUCUCUGCAUUUAUCAUCAAGCUGUCCGACCUUGCCCCGAGGUUGAUCAUUAAGCAAAUGACUCUCUUAGCCAAGCAACUCGAUAGCGAGGCAUACACUUUGCGAUGUGCGGUCAUCGAAGUCUGCGGCAACCUUAUCUCUGAUCUAAGUCGACAAGAAGAACCCAGCGAAAACUACAAGACUCAGAUCAAUGCCUUUUUUGAUGUAUUGGAAGAAAGGUUCCUGGACAUCAAUCCUUACUGCCGUUGCAGAGCCAUUCAGGUCUUCAUGCGAAUCUGCGAUUUGGAGCAGAAAUUCCCCAAGAGACGACAACGUGCAGCUGAGCUGGCUGCUCGAAGCCUAGAAGACAAGAGUAGCAAUGUGCGAAGGAAUGCAAUCAAGCUGCUGUCUAAAUUGGUUGCUACGCAUCCAUUCGGUUUAAUGCACGGCGGCCAACUCUCGUAUAAGGAGUGGACGGAGCGCUUAGAUGGGGUGGACGCGGAGCUCAAUUCUCUGCGACCUCCGGAGACACCAGGCUUUGAUGCGGAUGCCACUCAAUGUGUUGAUCCUGAAUUAUUGGAUGAAGCAACUCAACUGCCGGAUGACUCGCCUUCCAAAGCUCCUCGGAUGACUGAGGAAGAGAAGGAAGUUGCCGUGCAAAAAGCGGCAGAGCAGGCGGCCACUUCAGAGUUGUUGACUCGGUUACAACUAACCAGGAAGUACUACAACGAAGCGUUGCGCUUCGUUGAAGUUCUUCAUUCGGGAUCCACUGUAGUCUCUCAGCUGCUCUCGUCUCGCAACAAGAGCGAGGUAAUCGAAGCCAUGGAUUUCUUCGUGGUUCUGGAUGCCUACAAGGUCGAGACGGCUCGCAGUGGAAUCCGUCGCAUGCUCCGGCUUAUCUGGACCAAGGGCAAUAGCGAUGAAGGUAAGGGUGUUCAGACCCAUUUGAUUGAUUGCUACAAGGGGCUUUUCUUUGAUGCACCGGACUCGUUCAGCCCUAAUGACGCUGCCAAUUACAUCGCACGCAACAUGAUCAGUUUGACCUUUGGAUCUACACCAGCUGAACUCACUUGUCUGGAGCAGUUGUUGAGCACCAUGAUGAAAGCGGGCCAUGUCUCAGAGACGGUAAUUGCCAAACUUUGGCAAGUAUACAGUGUUCAGAAAAAGGAGAUCUCGAAAACCCAGCGGCGUGGUUCAAUCAUCGUUCUUGGCAUGCUCGCGUUGGCCGACCAGGAGGUUGUUGUCAAGGAGAUUGAGGCUAUGCUGCGUAUCGGCCUCGGUGGCUUGGGACGAUCCGACCUUGUACUUGCCAAAUAUACCUGCAUUGCCUUACGGCGCAUGGUGCCUGGACGUCAAGCUAAAUCCAAGGACAUUGUUAUUCCCAAACUUGCCAACGACCAUUCGGUCCUGACCAAGCUUGCCGCCAUGCUCGAAAUUGUCUCUAACAGCAAAGAGUGGUAUGGCGUUGCGGAACAAGCCAUCAGCGCCAUCUACACUCUUUCAAAGCAUCCCGAUGUUCUUUGCUCUGACAUUCUCCGGAGAAAGACUCGGUUUGUGUUCCAGUCUCAUGCCCGACACCCUUCCUCUUCGCAAGCUUCUGUGAAUGAAGAGGAUCAACGACCUGGUACUGCAUCGACCGACGAAGAAGGAUCGAAAACAAAGCCUUCCUCUGCAGCUCUCUCGCAACUUCUGUAUGUCGUUGGCCAUAUUGCAAUCAAGCAGAUCGUACACCUGGAACUUUGCGAGCUUGAUUUCAAGCGCCGCAAGGCUGAACAAGAGAAGAACAAAACAGCGGAAGCGGCCGCUCAGCAGAGCACCGACAACGCCGAUGAAGAUGAACUCGACUUGAUCGGAGGUACAACCGAAGAUGAUUUCCAAGAUGCCAUGGCUCAUAUCCGUGAACGUGAACUCCUUUAUGGAGAAAACUCCCUUCUUGCAAAGUUCGGUCCAAUGGUGGCGGAAAUUUGUGCCAAUAACGACAAAUACCCAGACCGUGAUUUACAGGCAUCAGCGACCUUGUGUUUGGCCAAGCUGAUGUGCGUUUCGGCCGAAUAUUGCGAGAAGAACCUUCCACUCCUCAUCACAAUCAUGGAACGGUCAGAGGAUCCGAUCGUGCGCAGCAAUGCGGUUAUCGCACUAGGUGACAUGGCCGUCUGCUUCAACCAUCUCAUUGACGAGAACACGGACUUCCUUUACCGCCGUCUUAACGAUGAUGAGGCCUCUGUCAAGCGUACCUGCCUCAUGACCCUGACCUUCCUUAUCUUAGCUGGUCAAGUCAAGGUCAAAGGUCAACUUGGUGAGAUGGCCAAGUGCUUGGAAGACGAUGACAAGAAAAUUGCCGACCUGGCUCGCAUGUUCUUUACCGAGCUGGCUACGAAGGAUAAUGCUGUUUACAACCACUUUGUGGAUAUGUUCAGUUUGUUGAGUGCAGAGCGAAACCUGGAGGAGGUAUCUCUCAGGCGUAUUGUCAAGUUCCUCAUCGGAUUUGUGGAAAAGGAGAAACAUGCCCGUCAGCUGGCAGACAAGCUUGCCGCCCGACUACCCCGUUGUGAGACUGAGCGACAAUGGAAUGAUGUCGCCUACGCGUUGUCUUUGCUCCCACAUAAGAAUGAAGAAAUUGCUAAGACUGUGACUGCUGGCUUCACUAAGGUUGUCAGUGCUUCAGCUUAG